AUUUCGAGGGAAGCUACAGCAGAUGAGCAGGAUGUUCAGAAUGUAAGACUGUAAUGACCCUGUUGAGAAGUCAGCGUCGCAGUCUUCAGUCGUGCACUUGUGCUGUCUCUCUUAUUUAGACGAAAGCAUGACGGGAGUUUUGCGACCCUCCAAACAGAGAUCCGGUAUGAAGCGACCUCGAAAUGAGCCUUACAGGGUUUUCGACAAUCAACAUGUUCCGACCAUCCCAUGUGACUUUGCAUCUUUUCGACGGAUGUGUUCAUCGCCCUCUUCGUCUUCCGCAGCCCUGCGGCAAAGCAGAGAAAAACCUCAGAGCAGACACAAGUCCAGGAGCAGAGGAAUCCAGCUGAGAAUGGAGGAGCUGAUGUGCAUUAAGAAAGAACUGACAGUGAUUAAAUCACAGAUAGACGAGCUGCUGGACAGUCUGGAGCGGAUGGACCCUCAAAGCCAAGAGCUGGCCGGUAAAACGCUCCUUCUUUCAUCAUCAGAUGCACCUUGCAAAGGAGACGGUGUGGCGUUCUCUCCGCUCCAUGGCUCUGUGAGCAGUGCGGAUGAUUCGUCUGGUAACUCUCCUCCCCUGAGGACAGACAGAGACACACAGAGCCCACAGACAGCAGACAGCAAUGAUGAAAACAGACAGCAUGUUAAUUACUAUGAAUCAGAUAUGCUCUACAUGUAAAGACAGGUUUCAGAUUCCAAAUUCAGAUACCAAGUUUUGGGUAAAAGUCACAGGAUCUCUAACGAUGAUCUAAAGAAAGCGAUCAGGAAAUAUAUUUGGAUCAGUUCCAGAUAUCCAGAUCUGUUGAAACUGUCAUCAUGUAAAGUGAACAUGAAUCCGGUUUGAAUCCAGUUGUGGAGCAGCUGUUUAAACAGACCAGAAAAUACUGAAAUAUGUGUCGUCAAAAGCUGCUGCUGAUUUUAUGAAUUAUAUGAACACAAGCUGUUUUUUCCAUGAUUUCAGUCAGUAAAACACUGAUACGACUCGAGAUCAGGAUAAAAUUAAAGCACACACACACACACACACACUUGUUAUUGCAAAUAUCCUACAUAAAUUAUAUUAUGGUUCUACACAACAGCUCAACUGAUAUGGGUUAUUAAAUGGCUGAUGCUAAUAAUGAUAUCUAUAUCAACUGAUAGAAAAAAAUGUUCAAUUAUGUAUAUUUAUGAGCCAAACAUGAGAUUUAAGAUGUGCAUAACCACUUAUUUUAACCCAAAUGUCAUUCAAAUUCACAAAAUGUGUAAUAAUUGCUACAAUUUUGGAAUUGGCACAAUGACUAUCAUCUACCUCUGUUGUUGGUGUUUGGUCAGUGCAAGUGAUAUUUCCCCAUUAAUCUCUCGCUCUGGCCAGUUUAGUUUUAUGACUAGAUUUACUGUAUGAUAAGGAUAUGUCUUUUUCUUCAUGUGAAAAUG